GAGGAUUUCAUGCAUCACAUGAGCAGGACAGGUCUUGUCCCUAAUUCUAUUACUUUUGAUUGUAUUAUAAAUGGGUACGGAAGUUUGGGUAAUGCGUUAAAAGCAUUUUCUAUGUUUGAUAAAAUGAUCGAGCUUGGAAAUCACCCGAGUUUUCUAACAUAUGGUAGCUUACUGAAAGGACUGUGCAAAGGUGGAAAUUUGAGGGAGGCAAACAAAUUUUUGAAUAAAAUCCGUAAUAUUCCUUCAGCUGUGGAUACUGUGGCCUACAAUACAAUAAUUUCCGGGACUUGCAAAUUAGGGAAGCUGCAGGAGGCUGUUUCCCUCUUUAAUGAGAUGGUGGAGUGUGAUGUGCUACCUGAUCAUUACACAUAUGCUAGUCUGUUUACUGGGUUAUGUAGAAAGCGCAAAGUGGUUGCUGCUGUCCUAUUUUAUGAUAAUGUAAUGACAAACAGAAAUUUGUCUCUAGAUCAGGUAAUUUACAGCUCUUUGGUUAAUGGUUUCUUCAAGGCUGGCCAAUGGAAGGCUGCUUUGUGUAUUUAUGAGCAGAUGGAAAAUGAAGGUAUUUUCCCUGACUUGGUUAUCUAUAAUGUACUUCUAGAUGGAUAUUCAAGGAUGGGAAAAAUGGUGGAGGCAACCAAUCUCUUCUCUAGAAUGAGUCGUCAAAAUCUGUCCCCUGGUUUGGCUACAUACAAUAUUCUCUUGCAUGGAUAUUCCAAGAAGAAAGAUAUGUUGCAAUUCUUUCGUUUGUACAAAACCAUGAUGAAGAGUGGUAUUUUGCCUGAUAAGUUGACAUGCCAUUCUCUCAUUCUUGGACUUUGCAGAUCUGGUAUGUUGGAAGUUGGUGUUAAGAUCUUGAGGAAAUUUGUAUGUGAAGGUACUGAGGUUGAUUGCUUUACAUUCAAUGUGCUUGUCAGUGAGUGUUGUCUAAGAGGUGAGAUGCGGAAGGCCUCUGACUUGGUUAGUAUCAUGAAUGUACUGGGAGUGCCUGUCAAUAUAAAUACCUAUACUGCCAUCGUUUCUGGACUCAACAAAACCCACGCAUUUCAAGAAUCUCGUAUUCUUUUGCAUGAAAUGUCAAAGAGAGGUUUCCUUCCCCAGUGCACCAAGUAUAUCACUUUGAUAAAUGCUCUUUGCAGAAUGGGAGAUAUGCAAAGUGCAUUCAGGCUAAAAGAUGAGAUGGUGGCAUUUGGAAUAAGUUCCCGGGAUGUUGCUGAGAGUGCUAUUGUAAGAGGUCUUGCCAAAUGUGGGAAGGUUGAAGAAGCAAUGCUGGUUCUUCAGAGCAUGCUUCAGGGUCAGCUUAUUCCAACUAUUGCUUCAUUUACAACUCUAAUGCACAUGUUUUGCAAGGAAGCUAAUCUUGUGGAGGCUCUGAAGUUAAGGAAUGUGAUGAGGCUUUGUGAUCUGAAACUUGAUAUUGUUGCCUACAAUGUUCUAAUUUCAGGCCUUUGUGCUAAUGGUGAUCUGGCAGCUGCUUUUGAACUCUAUAAAGAGAUGAAGCAAAGCGGUCUUUGGGCCAACAUAACAACAUAUACUGUUCUGGUUAAUGCCAUUCUUUUCCAGGGAAAUUGUGAUGUCGAAGCUGACACUCUUUUGAAGGAUUUACAUGAGAGAGGAUUGUUAUCUAUGAACUGGGAGGGAUGCUGCCAACAUUUGGAUGAGUGUCUGAUAACCGCAGUUGAAAGAUUGAAGUCCUUGCAGCGAAAAAAGAAGAGAUAACGUUAACACAUGAAAGAGGUGUGGAUACACAAAAUAUCACCAGUAUUCUGGAAGCAUAAUCCCAUAUGUGGGUGAAGCAAGCUCCUUUGUGUUGACAUUUUUCUUGGAUGUCCAUGAUCUGGUCUGUGCAAUGCUCUUCCGGGGCUCAAAUUCUGCUGCUUUUUCAAACCAUUUAAAAGUACUCUUACCUCUUCUUUGUCCGGUGAAAUUGCAGUUUGCUUUGCUUCUAUAUCAUGGGAAAUAUGACUCGCUGGUUCCAUUGUCAUUCUGUUGGCAAAGAGGUACAGAAAGUAGGUGCCUAUGCGUGCUAGGUCUUCCUGGUGGAUAAAGGAUGACAAUGUCACUUUGUUAGUUACAUGUGCUUACAGGACUUGGGAAGAGGGUGCAGAGUGCAGUGAAGGGGAAGGAAAAGAGUUCACAUUUUAUAGAGCAUGCCAGCGGCGGCCUCACGCGGUAUUCAGAUGUUCCAUGAGUUGGCUUACUCGUAGAUGAUAUGAUAAGCUUUAAAAAUAAGAUCCUUGCUUGGAAUAUUAGGUGAAGCAAAAAUGAGGUAUCCCAUCUGGACCUGCACCAUUAUUUGUCUUAUUCCCACCAGAUAAAAUAUGCUGGUUUAGGGCUGUUCCUUACUGUUUGUGUUAGCAACAAGUUUCGAAGGUGAUGGCAUGUUGUCGCAAACUAUGAGAUGAAGUACUCUGGACUUAUUGACUAGUGCUGUCAUGUGCUUUGCCAUUCAAGGCGAGGAUUGAUGAUCUGUUUUUGCCUUAUCCUUAAAUCAUUCUGUAAGUGAAGCUAAUAUCAAAACCAAUGUACUUGUUCAAACCUAAUCGUUCUUCUAAUGACAUCCAUCUCUUCUUUGUCAAAACAUUUCGGGAAAAAGAGAUUUCUCAUGAAUAGCAUCGAAACAAGUUCUUGUUCUUUUUACUAAAAGAAAAUGGUGGGAAGUGUUACCCAAUAUAGACACCUUCUUUGGGCAUGAUCGGGAAUUCUCGUUUUCUAUUAAAUGUUGGGUUUGAGUUAUCGUUUUUAUCUUUAUAGUGAGCCUGUGACUGCUGCCUUAAAUUCCCUCCCAACAGCGGGUAGACUCUAAUUGUACACGGUUUGAACCCAUGAUUCCCUGUGAAAAGAAUGGAGCGAUUUACCACCUGGGCUACCGUUGCGCUGCAAAGCAAGCUUCUUGUUGAAGAAAUAAAGUUGGGAACCCGAUGAUUAUUACUUGCAAAGUCCCAGGCUUGCUUUCCAAUGGAGCACAAGCAUUAGAGUUUCCUUGAUUUGGUAACCUUUUCUAUUUAGUUUGUUGUUUACUAAGCACAAUGUCUUGCUGUUGGUGUGGCAGACAGAAUCUAGCAAUUAAUGGGAAUAAACUUGGUGUACUUAAA